AUGCCAAUCGAAGGCCCCACCAGCAGUAAGCACAAGCGGCACUCCAGCCUGGACCCUGAUGGCGGUUAUGCCGCUGCUGCGUCCUCUUCCGCCUCGAGACCCGUUACCCGGUCGCCGUCGAGGCCUCUGUCUCCCACCACGAAACCCAAGAGGUCACAGAAGGCGCUCGGUGUCCACUCGUCAGGCGGACAGACCACGGGUCCGAUGGAUAUCCGAACAGAGGUGGUCAUCCUCGAGCAAACCUCCCCCGACUCAUCGCGUAAGGGCAAGAAGAUGAACUUCUUCGGGUUAACGCUCUCGAGCCCGCGUAUGAGCUCGUUUGGCGACUCGAGCAAGUCGAAGUCACGGCCGACCACUCCAGGUUCCCAGCCGAAUAGCAGGAAAGGGCGCGGUGUCGUGUUGCGUCCUGGCUCCGCAGGGGCCAUCACAUCGGAUGCGCCCAAGCGGGCUAUGAGAGGCGAUAUCCUGAUAGACCACAACAGGCCUGCUUCGCCCCCAGUCCAGAGCGCGCCAGCACGUUGCAUGACCGCGUCUCCUCGCCACAAUGGGCACUACGAGGAAGUUCAGGAUGACGUGGACUCGGAGGCGUUAGCGGGCAGAUGCUCACCUCUGUGUGGGCUGGGGCCAUCCACUGCUGCCCGAUCGAAGGGAAAGGAGAGGGAGCGGUUGGAGGACUGGGAACAAUUUGAUGAGAAGGAGGUCAGGCAUCGGCUAGGCCGAACGGAGAGCGAGACGGGGAAGGGGCGCAUCACAAAUCCGAGAAGGGUGCAUUCGCCUACUCGGGAGCUCGAGAAAGGGAGCCGUCCUCUUGGCGCAUUGUCCAUGGAGAGAGUUGCCAGCGGUAGCGGCACUAGUCGCGGUAGCCGAGGGAGGGACGGAUCGACAAACGUCGUUCACGGCGGUGCACAGGCGAACGUCAAAGCUAAACGUAUCAAACACGGAAGUUUCGACUUUGAAAGCCCGGUUCCCGCUGGUCAAGGGAGGCCAUUGCCGUCAGCCAGUCUGGGUGGCAGGGUGAUUGCUCCCCCGCAUCCGUUGCAAAGGGGUUCGAGUUCGCGGGGUCCACCCCGUAGAGUCACCUUGGACGAUACUCGACCGGAUCGUCAUGUACCGCUGUCUUCCUCUCUACCCAAAGCGAGACCAAAGCCAGCCCUGGACAUCAACACGCAUAACUUGGACUUGACGCGCCGUACAACUGGCAGCUCUACCGCGACAUCCCGUGGGCAGACGUCGGCCAUACCUCGCAGCUCUAAUCCCAAAGCACACCACGGCUCGGAGACGGACCCUGGUUCACCAAUUUCUUCCACUCAUUCCGGUAAUUCGUCAGCAUUGAACUCCAGCUGGGGCAAGAGUGCCGGGAAACGCAUGGCUCGCGGUGCGCAUCCUGCGUUCAAGUUUGAGCCAGCUGUCCCUACCAUCCCUGGGUCGCCCGCGGGGAGCGAGGAGCGUAAACGAUCCAUUGCGACCUCGGGCACUACGACUCCCACGCCGUCGUCCCCCUUGUCCAGAUCGCGGCAAGCUCGGAAUGCGGGUAAGGGUCGCUCGCUUGACCUGAACCUCGGUUUGUCGUGGGCUCCAACGAAAGUGCGGGAGGACGUGUUGUCGCGAACGGUUGGUGGUCGAGUUACGCCAGACCUGGCUGCGAGGGCCGGGGCCAGAUGGAGAGCAACUCCCGCAGACGAGGGAGGCAGGUUGGGUGCAGGCUCGUCUGGUGCCGAAGUGGCGGAGACCUUCCGUGAGGUUUUGGGAGACGCAGCGUAUUCCACGUUCAAGACAUACGUACAUCGAUAUGAUGCACGCGCCAUACCGCUGGACGGCCCCUUUGGUCUAAUGCAUCACGUACAACGGCUGCUUGAUUCGGCACCCGGACUAGACCUGCGGAGAAAGCAAGCCCUCUUGGGGAAGUUGAGCCGCGUUGUCCAGGAGAUCCGGUGA